AUGGACGAGGAAAAUCUGGGGUGGCGGUCGCACUGGGGCUUUAAGCUCAUUGUUGCUGCCACCAUUGUUGGGGUCGCCAUCAACGCGUUUCCACUCAUGGGAGACUCGCUCAUCCGCCACUCAGUCGCUCUCCUCAGGGCCAAGGACCCUUUCCUCCGGCGAUCAGGAGCGUACCGCCUCGCCUUCAUUGCUUCCAAUGAUGAGACUCGCAUGAAAAUCAUGGAAGCCGGAGCCCUUCCGCACCUCCUGCUGCUCCUCGAAUCCCCUUUUCACCACACUGAAUCUACCCCUCAUUCGUCCGCGCCUCCUCUUGCAAGCCCUCCUCCUCUUGCCCCUCCACUCUCCCCCCCUCCUCUCUCGUCUUCUGAGAGGCGCACGGUCAAGGAAGCACUCUCCUGCCUCACACAUCUGGCUCAGUCAGGUGAGCUUUUCGCCUCAAUUUCAACAGGCGCUGCUUCUUCCUCUUCCCCUCCUCCUCCGCUCUCUCCUCCGGAGAGGCGCACGGUCAAGGAAGCACUAACCUGCCUCGCCCACCUGGCUCGGUCAGGUGAGCACAGCACCCACUCUGCUGCCUCCUCUUUCACUCAAUACUCUACAUCGGGCUAA